AUGGCAGCUCUCGCCAGCUCUCUCAUUAGACAGAAACGGGCGGUCAAGGAGGACCCAGGCAACCGACCGGUAGCCAACAAGCGCAAGCCCUGUCCUAAGAGCAACAAGUCCUUGUGCCAGAAACAGAUCCUGGUCCUGAUCUCCAAAGUACGACUAUGCGGGGGUCGAAAAAGUCGAAACGAGAAAAGACCGGAGCCACAGCUGAAAGGCAUUGUUACUCGGCUAUACAGCCAACAUGGAUACUACCUGCAGAUGCAGCCUGACGGCACCAUGGACAGCACAAGGGAUGAAAGCAGCUCAUUUUCACAGUUCAACCUAAUUCCGGUGGGACUGCGGAUUGUGGCAAUCCAGGGGGCAAAAACAGGAUUAUACCUUGCCAUGAAUAGUGAAGGAUACGUCUAUACCUCGGAGCACUUCACUCCGGAGUGCAAGUUCAAGGAGAGCGUGUUUGAGAACUACUACGUCACAUACUCCUCCAUGCUCUAUCGCCAGACCCAGUCUGGCCGCUCCUGGUAUAUCGGUAUCAACCGUGACGGCCAGGUCAUGAAGGGCAAUCGGGUAAAGAAGACCAAGGGAGCUGCACACUUCCUGCCUAAAGUUAUAGAGGUUGCGAUGUAUAAGGAGCCAUCGCUACACGAGCUCGCCCCUGAACCGGUGAGUCCACCUCGGAAGACAGUGAAGACGUCUGAUUCGCCGCCCCUAAAGAAUGGACGAAAAGAAGCUCCCAAGGCAGAUGCCUCAUAGCACAGGAGACCGAGGGUGGGACAAAGGGCAGCAGUGACACUGGGAAUACAGUCCCCUGUUAUGCACUGAGGGUGACUGAGGGAAUGGCCCUCACUGGCCACCACAUUCCAGAAGUGCACUACGAGAUGCUGAGGGAUAAAGGGUCAGCAUUCCAGCAGCAGCCGAGAAGGCCUGCGAGAGGAGUCCCCCCCCUCACCUGUCACCGCAGAAAGAAAGCCCAAGAGCCUGAGCCAGAACUACUACCACCUCCCCCUCCCUUGUCUCUUUCUCAGCCCCCCGCCACCCCUGUGACUCCUUCAUUUCUCUGUCAUGCUCAAGCUUCUUUGUCCCACUGACAAUUGCAUCUUUCCUCACAUGCCAACCAACCGUCUGCUCUAUUGUAGUAUAUUCACUACUUGCGCAUUCCCAGCGCUGACUCAGCAUCAUAAUCCUCACCCAUGGGCCCCCUCUUGAGCCCUAAAGUUGGUGACAGUGUGGCUCAGCCCAGCUUUCCACCCAACCAGCUAAGCUAAUCACCAAGGUCAACUAAAGCUCAAAGUGAGAUGAAACAGCUCACAGGGGAGAGAUAUCUGCAGGGAUCAUGGGUCAGGGCAGGGCAGGUCAGCUGAGCAAGACUAGGGUGUGAGAAAGUAUGGACAAAGAACAUUUAAAGAACUGUUUUAUGUGAUUAAAAAAAGAAAAUGGAAUUCUUGACAGCCCAGAUGGAAAUGGACACGGGUACAGAACAAAAUAUAGCAAUGCUCAAAACAUAACAUAACAAUAGCAAGGUGGUGAUGAUAAUGACCAGAUCAGGAUUUCAGAAAGGCGUGUAUGAUAGAACAUUUAAGAAGCUCACAAGAGAGGCACUGCUUGCAUAAGUGUCAUAUAAAAAAUAAAUAAAGCCACUAUUCUUCCGGGGAAGAUGAGCCAUAUAAUAGAGCAUACAUUACUAGAGUUUUCCAGACUCUUAACACACCUUAGCAAUACUUGUACCAACAAGCCAGAUGAUAAAUCUCAGUGAAGAAAGAAAAAAACCGAGUGUGUGAAUGAGGGAGAGAGUGAGCGUCACCCCACUUUCCAGCCUCCCUUCUCUACCAGGUGACCACUUAAUAUUGCACUAUCUUGUUUAAGGCUACAAAUUAACAACGGGGUCAUGUUUUAAAUCCAUGGUAGAUCUGAACUUUAAAAAAAAAAAAAAAGGAGCCGUAGUGUGUACUUCACUCAGCAUCUGCUGUCAGCAUAAAGCCAGGUUUGAAGCCGAACAUCAAAGCAGGAGCCUCUGAGCUGGAGCACUUGUUAUUCUGACGAUGUCUGGCAGCUUAUCCACUCACUAGCUUUAUCAAAUCACCUUGAAAGAAUCGCCAUCAAAGAUGUAGUUGUCUGAGUGAAUGUCUUGGUGUGAUUGUAUUUUAACCCCCGUGUGUGGACGUCUUCUACAGUAUGGAUGCACUGUGUGUGAAUGAGUGCCAGUACAGAGGAUAUAGAUAGAGAUACUGUGGGUAACCUCUACCAUGUCCUUCAGACAGGGCACGACAUUGUGUCUUUGAUACGUCUGGUCUGUGAAUAGGUGAUACUUCGUGGAACAUCCGUCUUGCGUAGCAUUUUCUCUGACUUUAGAGUCGUAAUGAAUUUUAAAAUAGAACAUAAAGAAAAGUCUCUGGGCAACCGAACCCACAGAACAUCAUUCAUUUAUUUCAUUAGGUGCAAUUAACUAAUGUCUCUCAAUCAGAUAUAUUUUAUAAAAAUAUGCAAUGACCUGAUAGAAGGGGAGGCUUCUUAAUGGGUGCAGUCAGGGUAGUGCUUGUUGUAAUGCUCCGACAGGCUGUUCUCAUACACUGUUUGAAGCUAUACCUUCCAAAAGUAAUGCACUGUAAUUCAUUUAUAUCACAUAAAAUCAAUUUGUAUGUAAUCAACGUAAUUGUGAACCAGGAAAUAUUAAGAGCCUCAAAGUCCGGGUAGAGGAGAAGAUCCGAUUGGAUAGCUGGGUCCAAAAACACCUGACUUUCAAAUGUGAAACCAGAUCGUUGACUUAUUUGUCACAUAUCUUCCGUACUUAAGUAACGCCAUUUCUGUAGUUAUUUUAACCCAAACUCUUUUCCUAAACCUAAGUUUAUUUUGAAAAGACUAUAUGCAUGUAACGGGAGGAAAUUGACACGUGUUGCUGGACAGUCGUAGGAAAAAGGUAAAAAAAUAAUAACUUUUCAUAAGAUAUUUUACGAACCGUUGUAUGAGGAUACGUUGGCUCUGGUAACCCACUGGGGGGGCGCCACAAUGUUCAGUCAAAGUGAAUUUGCAUGGAUACCACCCACAAACACAGACAGCAGUA